GUCGGGCUACAGCUUCGGCUCCUUCACGGCAGAGGCGUCAAAGUUCUUGCCAGUGCUGUUGGAAGAAGUGAAGGCGCUAGGAGGCCAGGUCGAGGUAGGACGGCGAUUGAACUCUCUGAAAGAAGCGGCGGUGAAUGCGGACUUGGUCGUCAACUGCAGCGGUUUGGGUGCUAGACACCUCGUGCCUGACCCAGACGUCUACCCCUGCAGAGGUCAGGUCAUGAGGGUGCGGGCGCCCUGGAUAACCAACUACCUGUGUGACGAGUCCGAGGAGUCCUUUGCCUACAUCCUACCUAACACAGAUACUGUGGUGUUGGGCGGCACCCACCAAGACAACGACUGGAGGCUGGAGGUUGACCCUCACGACUCUGAGGCCAUCUGGCGCAACUGUACUGCCCACAUCCCCUCUCUCAAGUCGGCGGAGGUGGUGAAGGAGUGGGUGGGUCUGCGGCCGUGUAGGAAGAACGGUGUUCGCCUGGAGGCUGAUGAGCUACUUUGUAACUCACGAACAGUGCCGGUAGUGCAUAACUAUGGCCAUGGUGGGUCUGGGAUCUCCCUUUUCUGGGGCUGCAGCCAGGAGGUCGCCACCAUCACCCAGCAACUCAUCCACAAGCACUAUGGUCCACCCAGCAAGCUCUAAACUCAAACCUAUGCAAUGCUGACUAAUAAUAAUAAUACUAAUACUAAUACUAAUGCUAAUACUAAUACUAAUACUAAUACUAAUAAUAAUAAUAA